GUGGCGUGGCAGUGGCCAACCGGAUGAUUUUGUUUGGCAAGUGGGAACUCGCCUAUUUCUAGAUCUCUAUAUAAUUAAUAAAUAAACAAAAUUUCAUAAGACGAGCUCAAAAUUAGCUUUCGAAAUAAGCGACUGGGUUUAGGGUUUCGUCGUCUCUGCUCCUACUAUGGCUGAUUCUCCAAGAAAACGGUAUGCACGCUCUCCCUCUCCAUGGGAAGAAAAUUCGAGAUCCAGGUCAAGAUCUAGGUCCAAAUCUAGAUCUCGUUCUAGAUCAUGGUCAAGACCAAGGGCGAGAUCUAGAUCAAGAUCUAGGUCAAGAGGUCGUGGCACUGGCAGGGAAGAAGUUGUUAAUGAUGGAACUACACUUUAUGUUACUGGCCUAUCUACAAGGGUCACUGAGAGAGAGCUUGAAGAUCAUUUCUCAAAGGAAGGAAAGGUCAAGUCUGUCUUUUUGGUUGUGGAACCGCGAUCUCGUGUAUCUCGUGGAUUUGCUUUUGUUAAUAUGGACUCUUCAGAUGAUGCUAAUCGCUGUAUCAAACACCUCAAUCAGUCAGUGCUUGAAGGCCGGUACAUAACUGUAGAGAGGUCACGGAGGAAACGCGCAAGGACUCCCACUCCUGGUCAUUAUCUUGGUCUGAAAAGCUCUCGGGGUGAUGGUUAUGGGGAUCGUGGAAGAUAUCGUGGAGGAUCCAGCCGUGAAGAUUAUGGCUACAGGAGGUCUCCUAGACGCUCGCCUUAUAGAGGUGGGCGUGAUUACUCGCCCAGACAUUCGCCUUAUGGUGGAAGUGGAAGAUCAAGAAGGGAAAGGUCCAGGUCAUACUCUCCCCCUCGACACAGUCUUGAAAGGAACUAUGCACGUGGUUCUAGGUGAAAUAUGCUUCAGAGUUGCAGUUGCUUUCUAAGAUGUAGAACUAUCCUCAAGACUUGAACUUUGUUUGAAUCAAAAUAUUGAUGCACAAUAUUGUCUCUUAGCUGUUACCAUAAGUGUGCCCAACUUAAUUGUACUGUAGCUGUCCUCUUCAUGUGUGCAACAUUAUUGUUGUGAGUGGAUAACUGGUCUUUUUUGGCUUCA